AUGGCUGCGGUGGCCAUCGACGACGAGGAAGAAGCGCCAGCAGUGCGGCGGCGGGAGGAACACGCCGACACGGUGUGGGGAAGCGACGACGACGGCGAACACGUUUACGACUAUCGUCCGUCCAGGCUCUCGCAGCCGUUCGGGGUGGGAGCAGCGGCGGCAGCAGCGGCGGCUGGAGUGGCGCCGGCCGGCGCAGACAUGGCACCGGCAUCGCACGCGACCACGUCAUGGGGAUGCGACGGGGAAGACGACGAUAGUAGUGUUGGGGAACAAUCCUCUCCGUUUUCGCAGUCGUUCAGAACGGGAGGAGGAGGCGCGCUUGCGACGGCGGCAGCCGGCGGUGUGAACCCGCAACAGCCGCCGUCCCCUGCGCGGUAUUACCAUCAUCGACACGAUAGCGAUGAGGUCGUGGUCGCACCUUUGUGGAUGCCCCACGCAGAAGGCCAAUCAGGGCCGGGCGAACCCGAUGAUCUGUGGGCAGACGAAGGCGAUGGAAGGAGCGGCGACACGAGCCGUCCCCGCGGGAACGGCAACAAUCCGAACGGCGUUGUAGCCUGGGGAUUUGGAGGCCCCGGGCUGAGCGCAGCGCUCCCGGCGUUGGACGAUGUAGACCUCACGGCCGAUAACGAAAACAACUCGUCGGAGGCCGCAGACCUUGCCGCGACAGUUACGGCGGGAAGAAUUUCAACGCCGUUGACGAUGACCCCGUCGCCUUGGUUCAAUGCGUCGGGGCGGGACUUUGCGCGACAAUCCUCGGCGGGCGGCAACGACGAUGGCAAAGACCGCUGCAACCCGCACGACUUGCGGUCGACAUCAACGCCGCCGCUCGUGGGCGGCGGCGCGUGGUUCGGCCGUUGGUUCACGCCCAACGUUCCGCGACGCUGGCGGCCUCCCGGCGCGGCGGAAAGCUCCCCGAUGCACGAGGCGCGAGCAGCAAAGUAUGACUUCGCCAGCAAGCCCCAGAAGCCAGUAGUGCCACCCGUACGAGAUCACCGUCGGUCCUGGCUGCAGCGACCGUCCGCGUUCGUGGCACGGCUUCGAAGAAGGGCGGUGAGGGAGUUGGGGCCUCCAAGGAUGCCGGGCGGCGGCCUCGGCGCGAAGCAAGACGACAGCGGCUCGGGGGUGCGGGCGUGGGGGUGGUGGGAUAACUUCAGGAACGCGCCCGGGCUGAUUGGUCGCCUGGCGGUCUGCAUCCUGGCCGUGUGCGCGCUCUGGUCCACCAGCCUGAGCGUUGUAGUGGACGUCACGGGUUACGUCAUCCCGUCCCCGAGUUUGACGGACGUCAUCACCGCGGUGCUCCACGCGUACUACAUCGUGCAGGAGCAGCGAGAAGCGAACCAGGAGUGCGUUGCCCGCCAGAGUGUCUACUGCGACCUGGACAUAUCGAAUUUCGAGGUCUUGGCCAGAGACGCGAGCGUUGCGUCGUUAGCCUCGACCGCCGCGACUUUCGAGAUCGCCGUGGACGCGGUGGCCCUGCUGGAGAACGUCACCCUCGAGAUCCCGGAGUCCAUCUCCGAGUCCCUCGAGGACAUCUCGGCCCUCGGGGAUGCUCUUGUGUCUUGCGUGUCGCUGCGAGGCGAAGACGACGACGGCGGGGCGGCGGCGGCGGCGCCCUGUCCCGUCGAGAGCGCCCGCGAGCUUGCGGACGCGGCGAGGGAGGAGCUGGACUACCAGCUGGAAGUCGCGCGGGCGGCGUUCCAGGAGUACGCGGACACGUACGAGGCGUACAAGGCCAGCGCCGAGGAGUCGUACGACAACUGGAUAGCCUUCUACUCCGGCGUGGUGCUUCUCCUGGACGACCACAGGGUCGACAUCACAGGCUCCGGGCCUUGGUCCGUCCUCACCGUGUCGGACUUCACGAUCCCGCCCGUCGAGGUCCCCUCGGCGAGCGGGGUCCUCUCCGACUUCGGCGACGCCCUAACCUCCUCCGAGAUCUGGGAGACCGUCAGCGGAGCCUACGGCAACUACUCCGACGGCGUCUCCUCCAGGAGCGGCCAGAUUACCGCCGACGUCGAGGCCCUGAGGGAAGAGUGGCGCGCCCUGACGAAUGCAGCCCUCGCCAACAUCUCCACCGACUCGAGCGCCCUCCUGGACUCGGCCGGUUCGGAGUUUCAAGCUGAGGCGGACGGGUACUCGUCGAGAUCGCUGGCCCUUCUCGAAGGGCUCGGGCCCGCGGGCCCGAAUCUCUCGUUCCCGGCCUCCCCGUCGCUGAACUCCACCCUCCUGGUCGGCGGCGCCUCCACCGUCCUCCCCUCGCCGGUCGACUACACAUUCGCCGCCUUCACCGCCACCGACGUAAGCUUCGACAGCUGGGUGGUCUCGCUCGGCAACAUCGCGCUCCUGCUCCUCGCCGCCGACUACAUCUUCCGGACCGCGUCUAGCCUGCGCCUGUUCGUCCGGUUCUGGAGCCGCGGCGGGCUCGGCCUGCCCGACGCCGACGUCCGCGUGGACAAGGCCGCCGCGAGCGCCGGCGGGGCGGCCGCCGGCCUCCGCAGGGGCGUGGUGCGGGUGCUGAUCCACCCGGCCACCACCGUCCUCUUCUCCGCCGUGGUGCUGUCGCUCGUGCUGUACAACCUGGCCUCGGUCUACGGCCCGCUGUUCGCUGACUACAGGGCGGGCUGCGUGGAAAAGUCCCAGAACGGGAGCUUCUUCGGCCAAAACGUGUACUCCGUAGCCUACAACUACGCGGCCGAGGAGGGCAACCGGGACCAGUGGACUUAUCAGGAGGACCACACCAGCCGCCGAGGGGCGCUGUGCGUCGAGCUCACCGCCGACGUGCGACAGUACCUCGCCGAGACAGACGCCCAGCUGAGGAGCAUGUACGGGGCGCACUACGAGGACGUGACGGCGGCCGCUACCCUCGCCUCCUGCAUCGACACCGCGGGAAUGGACGCGCUGUACGCGGGGGCUUGUUGCGGCUACGACGGGUACAGCAACGACACAUGCUCGUCAGCGACGGCAAACUCGAACCUCCUCCAGUGCCCGCUAAACUAUGCCUCCGGCGUCGGCCAGGCGUUUGUUCCUCUGGAAGUCCUGCUGUCCGACCCAGCGUGUUCGGCUGAAACUUUGGAAACGGCAAACUGGAAAGUCGAGGAUGGCAUUGCUCUAGACUGUGACACCAUCCCGACCUGCCGGAUGACGUGUGUGGGGCCCAACGAGGAGCUCCUCCAGGCCGUGACGAUUCACGCCGGGUGCAUGGUGGAGUGGUUCUUCCACGCUGGCACCGUCCGGGUAGCCGCCACCCUGCUCAUGUUCUUGUUCCUGAACGUUUCCCGAAUUGUCCUCGUGGGAGGAGUCGUCAAGCUUAACUGGAGUCGGCUGCACCCCGGGGUCUUCACGUACAAGGGCACCUGCACCAGAGCCGGCGAGCUUAUCGUCAAGAAUCCCGAGAAAAAAGCGGCCAGGAGUCGAGACAACGUCGCGGCCACCGCCGCCGCCGCCGCUGCCGCCGCUGCUGCCGGCAAGGCAACCCUCCCGAGCAGCGGCAAGAGCCCCUUGGCUCGAGCGAAGUCGAGAAUAGCCGCACGGGCAAAAAGAAACGGCCCUUCACUAUCUCGUGGCAGCAGGGGCGGCGGCAGUUCAAAGGGAGGAGGCAGCGGUGUCGGGGGUUCUGCGUCCGAAGACACUGCGGGUGCCCCGCAACAAAAGAGAGAAGGGUUAGGGAGGAGCAAAGGAAAGGGGGAGCGUGGGGAACGAGCCGCCGCUGACGCUGACGCCGCUACGGUUUCUCCACCCGAUGCGCCAAGAGAGCAGCCCAUGACGUUCAAGCAAGUCAUAUCCGGCGCAAUUGAGGAAGGGCUAAGAGACUACGAGAACGGCGCCCGGUGGCGGAUACUGUUCGGGAUUCUGCUGAACGUCCCUUGGAUGCUCGUGCUGUGGUUCGGGAGGGGGAGCAACACGGCCUACGUGGCAGAGUAG